GGGAAUCUGAUUUCCCUCCAUCCCACCACCACCUCCCCUAAAACAAGGAAAGUUAUUUAACACACGCACUCUGUGUAGGAGAAUGAAGUUCUCAUUUUUAAAUAAAGUUUGACUGCACUCAACUUCAAAUUCACAUAAAGUAGUUCCCCCGGGAAGAUUCGAAUGCUGAUUCACACUUACUCCUCUGUGUUUAAGUAGUAAAUGAAUCCUAUGUAACUCUCUCUCUCUCUCUUGCUCUGUCUUCCGUCGUGUAAGCUGAUUUCAUAUCAAGCAUUACCUAAGGUGCGUCAAUAGAUUCGCCUGAGAAGUAUAACAGUAGGCACUUGUAUGGAAUCCCCACGCGAAGAAAGAGGCAUCACAAAUCAUCACCUAAAUGGCUCUGUAGAUCAGGUCUCAAGUCCGAUUAGUAGAGCAAUAGCCAGCAGAUCUACUUUAGGGGUGAAGGCUAACGAGGAGAUUGACGUGGAAGAUGGGAGGUUCGGAAAAGAUAGAGAGAAAGGACUGCAAAGUAGAAGAAGGCCAGCAUUACACAACCAGGCGUUGCUAUCUGGCCUCGCAUACUGUCUCUCUUCGUGCGGGAUGAUACUGGUUAACAAGUAUGUCCUCUCCAGUUAUGACUUUAAUGCCGGAAUAUCUUUGAUGCUGUACCAGAAUUUUGUAGCAGUAGUUGUUGUUUCCGGUUUGAGUUUUCUUGGCGUAAUUACAACAGAGCCUCUCACAUGGAGAUUGAUCAAGGUCUGGUUACCUGUCAAUGUUAUAUUUGUUGGGAUGCUGGUUACAAGUAUGUUUAGUCUAAAAUACAUAAACGUUGCAAUGGUUACGGUUUUGAAGAAUGUAACAAAUGUGAUAACUGCUGUUGGUGAAAUGUAUCUAUUUAACAAGCACCAUGAUAACAGAGUUUGGGCAGCCCUUUUCUUAAUGAUCAUUUCAGCAAUAUCAGGAGGAUUCACUGAUCUCUCAUUUCACGUCACCGGAUACACGUGGCAGUUCAUAAACUGUUUCUUGACAGCAUCUUAUUCCUUGACAUUACGUAGGCUCAUGGAUACGGCCAAGCAAGUCACCAAAUCCGGAGACUUGAACGAAUUCUCAAUGGUCAUGCUAAAUAAUAGCCUUUCGCUGCCUCUAGGGAUCUUCCUUGUUAUCGUUUUCAACGAGGUUGAUUAUCUUUUACAAACGCCGUUGCUGAGGUCGCCCUCGUUCUGGCUUAUGAUGACGUUUAGCGGAUUCUUGGGUCUCGGGAUCAGCUUCACCUCCAUGUGGUUUCUCCAUCAAACAGGAGCUACUACUUACAGCCUCGUCGGGUCUCUGAACAAGAUACCGCUCUCUAUCACCGGAAUUCUCCUAUUCAAAGUGCCUACGAGCUUGGAAAAUUCUGCUAGCAUUCUCUUUGGUAAGUUCCUCACAACCCUGAUAAGUUGUGGAAAUAUGCUGUCCUAUUUUAGAAAUAAACCUUCUCUCCCUCUCUCUUAUAGGUUUGUUGGCAGGAGUGCUUUUCGCAAGAGCAAAAAUGCGUUGAACAUCUCAAUUUUGGAAGGAGUUUAAUUGUUAAACAUCAGUUUUUUCUACUUUUGCUGCCUGCAUUUUUGUUGCAUUUUUGACCAACUGAUCCUUUUGUUCCAAUAUAAUUACCAUACAAGAAAUAAAUCAUAAAUUGAGUUGCUUAUAA